UUAGAAAUCCCUCUCACUGUCAAGAACCCGAGAAGUCGAAAAAGCAAACAGAUUUCGAAGUUUCGUCGCCUCCGAGCUCUUACUUCUUCUAAUCGUUCACCUUCUUGUGGAAGAGGAAGCCGAUCUUCUUAGUAUAUAGCAAGGUUCUUUACGGAUCUCUAAAAGCUUCUGAUUUGAAAAGAUGCUUCCUCUAUCGCUGCUCAAAACUGCUCAAGGGCAUCCUAUGCUCGUGGAGCUCAAGAAUGGAGAGACAUACAAUGGGCAUCUGGUGAAUUGUGAUACAUGGAUGAACAUUCAUCUGCGUGAAGUCAUCUGUACAUCAAAGGACGGAGAUAGGUUUUGGAGAAUGCCGGAAUGUUAUAUCCGUGGUAACACAAUUAAGUACCUUCGAGUUCCAGAUGAGGUGAUUGAUAAAGUACAGGAGGAGAAGAGUCGCACAGAUAGAAAACCACCAGGGGUUGGACGUGGAAGAGGACGUGGUGUGGAUGAUGGAGGGGCCAGAGGCAGAGGGCGAGGAACUUCAAUGGGGAAGAUGGGUGGAAACAGAGGAGCAGGUCGCGGGCGUGGUUGAUGCAACAAGUUUUUGGACUUUGUCAGUUUCUACUGCCAAAUCUGCUAACUUCCCUUGCUAGUAUGAUUGUGGAGAAAACCAAAAGUUACAUAAGAAGUUGGUCUGUUGUUGGUUUUCUAUUAAGUAUGUAAGGGAUAGGGAGUGUGUUUUUCGAUUCUCCUUUUUUCAUCUUUUGGAAAAUGAAAUUUGUCUUUUGCCUUUUUGUGCAAUUUGUGAUGGUAUAUGAGAUAUGAACUUCCAAUUUGUUUUGGAGAAUACUGUUUCAUUUUCGCUUAAAAUUGAAUCCGUUUGGUCUUGAAUUAAUAUAAUUGUUAUCUGAUAAAA